AACAUUGGUCUUGUCUUGUUCAUAUUUUUUCCUACCUUUUCCCUGUUCCCUUUCAUGCUUCUUUGACCCCUAAGACCAAGUUAUUAUAUUUUUGAAUGUUGUGAGAAAUUAAGACCAAGGUGCAAGGUUUUGUAAGGGUCUAUUUUUUGCAACAUCUUGUCUUGUGAAGAAAAAUGGUCCAGGGUGAGAAGAAGCAAGAAAAUGGACACAAGAAAAUAGAUUAUGAUAUGGAAGAGAAAAUAGAUUAUGUGUUUAAGGUUGUUGUCAUUGGUGACUCAGCAGUAGGAAAGACUCAAAUACUAUCAAGGUUUUCAAAGAAUGAGUUUUGCUUUGACUCAAAGUCAACUAUUGGUGUUGAAUUUCAAACUAGGACUGUCACUAUUAAUGGUAAAGUAAUUAAAGCUCAGAUCUGGGAUACUGCUGGCCAAGAAAGGUACAGAGCUGUAACAAGUGCAUACUAUAGAGGUGCAUUAGGAGCAAUGCUAGUAUAUGACAUAACCAAAAGGCAAUCUUUUGAUCAUGUUGCUAAAUGGGUUGAGGAACUUAGAGCACAUGCAGAUAACUCAAUUGUGAUCAUGCUAGUUGGUAACAAAGGUGACCUUGUUGAUUUGAGAAUGGUCCCUACUGAAGAUGCAGUUGAGUUUGCAGAAGACCAAGGUUUAUUCUUCUCAGAGACUUCAGCUCUUACUGGUGUGAAUGUGGAGGGUGCAUUUAUGAAAUUGCUAGAAGAGAUUAAUAGUGUAGUUUCUAAAAAGGCAUUGGAAUGUGGUAAUGUGAAGGGGAUUGCACUAAAAGGGUCUAAGAUUGAUGUAAUUUCAGGUGCUGAAUUGGAAAUUAGUGAGAUAAAGAAGUUGUCUUCAUGCUCUUGUUGAUGUUGUUAUCUAAUGAUUAAUUAAGUUGUAUUUGAUUUUGAAGUUUGGGGAAAAAAAAAAAAAGGAGUGUGACAAGUACAUAUAUGUAUUUCA